UUCCAGUGGCAGAAGACUGUGUAAGCGCAGAAGCCGCAAACACCCGGAGCUAGCUGCAGUGACAAGGGCCUUUCACACUGGAAGACAGGCCUGGACGCUAGUCCAGUAUGUGUGGAAUCAGACUUGUAUCCCACAUACCCACAGAUUGCCCGUCCCCGAAACAUCCAAACAACUUUUGAAAUUACUUGCUCUGUUCCUAGAUGGGAUAGUGUACAGACACACACACACACACACGAGUAUAUACUUUUCACACUGGCCAAAGUGCCUUCAGUGUCAACACAACACUGACAACCCCAGGGAAGGCUCCUCUGACUCUCAGCUUAUUCAUUAGACAGGACCGGGGACAUAAUUAGCGGGGACCAACAAAAAAUGAAAAUGCACAGCUCCUUCUUCCAAAAUCACUAAGAAUUUCAAGAGACCAAUAUCAGUGCAUUAAACCAAGCCCGAGACCCCUGUCAGCGCAGGGCCUCGUGUGACUGCACAGGUCACAAGCCUAUGCAGCCUGCCUGCCACAGGAGUCCCCAAAUCAAUCCCAAGUACCUCUGCCGCAUUAGAGGCCACUCCCAUUCUCAGCCCUCCCCAGUUAGGAAGUGGGACCUCUUCUAGCUCUUUGCAUGGGCCCUUAAUUAGACCCCAGUCUCUGAGCUUUUGUUUGGGAGCCUUGUGUAGCUUUACACAUGUUCUGUUACUAUUGACAUUCUGCAUGUGAAAAAGCAUGCUCUGUCUCCCCCUCUCUUUCCAGCCCGUCCAGGACCCACACAGAGGGGACUGCCAAUCUAGCCCGGAGCUCAGCAGUAGGGAAAAUCGCCAUGGGUAUAAUUGGCAGCAGGUCCUAAUAAGUCAUGAGGUCCCACCCACCAGGGUCCCUCCCCAUAUGCCAUCAACCAGCACCGUGGGCAUGCUGGGAAAUCCUGCCAGCCAGACCUUUGCCCUGGGUCCAGAGUCUGUGGCCUACCCAGGCAGACUCUGAGGACUGGAGGCCACACACACAGUUCUACGUUGUCCAGGGGCCUGUGACAGCCACCCCACCUGACGCCAUGGCCAGUGGGGAAGACGAGUCGAGAAGCUGUGUGGUGUGCGGGGACCGAGCCACAGGCUACCACUUCCAUGCCCGGACGUGUGAGGGCUGCAAGGGUUUCUUCAGACGAACAGUUGGCAAAAACACUGGUCUCAGCUGCCCCUUUGCUGGAAGCUGUAAGAUCAACAAGGCCCAAAGGCGGCACUGCCCAGCCUGCAGGUUGCGGAAGUGCCUUGAUGCCGGCAUGAAGAAGGAAAUGAUCCUGUCUGCAGAAGCCCUGGCCCAGCGACGGGCACGACAGGCCCAGCGACGGGCACGGCAGGCAGCUGAGCAGCUGAGUCAGGAGCAGAGAGCGCUGGUCCAGACACUGCUGGGGGCCCACAGCCGUCACCUGGGCUCCAUGUUCCACCAGUUUGUGCUGUUCAAGCCCCCACAGCACCUGUUCACCCGGCAGCCGCGCUUGCCCGGCCUGGUCCCCGUGCUGCCCCUGCUCACGCACUUCGCAGACAUCAACACGUUCAUGGUGCAGCAAGUGGUCAAGUUCACCAAGGACCUGCCUGUCUUCCUGUGUGUGGCCUCCCUUGCCUUUCAGGAAGAAAACGCUCCAGGAAAUUAUAAUCCCCCUGCCACCACACAACAAGGUCACCCAGCAAACCAGCCCGUCCCUCAGCCUGUCCCAGCCACAGGCCUUGAGUCUCGCAAUCCCAAGUCAGGGCUCCUGCUGUCCUCUCGGAAGCUCAGGCCUGACUCCUGCCUCUGCAGGUCCCUGCCCUUGGAGGACCAGAUCUCCCUCCUCAAGGGGGCCACUAUAGAAAUCUGUCACAUCGCUCUCAACACCACAUUCUGCCUGCAAUCACAGCAUUUCCUCUGUGGGCCCCUUUGCUACACAAUAGAAGAUGGAGCCCAUGGUGAGAUGGUGCUGGACAGUAGGGGCUGUCCAGCUUGUGGUGUGGCGGGUGGCAAGGUGACCCCAGGCUCCUAAGCCUGUCUCUCACACAGUGGGGUUCCAGAACGAGUGCUUAGAGCUGCUCUUUCACUUCCAUGGAGCCCUGAGGUGACUGCAGCUCCAGGAGCCCGAGUAUGCGCUCUUGGCCGCCAUGGCUCUCUUCUCUCCAGGUGAGCACCCCCAAAGUCCACAAGCUUUUGCUCUAACAACUCUCCCCAAACUCCCAGCUCUGUGGAGCCAUCCAUCCCAGGCCUCUUAGCCGUCAAACCCGUGGAAUGGGGCUAUCUAUCCCAGCCUCCACUGCCUGGGGCUCUUUGCAGCCCCCCACCUUGUCCCUCCCCGCUCCCUGCUCCCUGUCUUACAGACCGGCCAGGGGUCACCCAAAGGGAGGAGAUUGAGCAGAUGCAGGAGGAGAUGGCAUUGACUCUGCAGACCUACAUCAAAGACCAGCAGCCCAGGCCCCGGGAU